AUGCCGGUUAUGCAUUCUCCUGUCAGAAUCUCAAACACCAACGACGUUAAGUGUUAUUGUGGUAAAUCAUGUAAAGGUACGCGGGGGCUUAAAAUGCACCAACGUAGUUGUCGUGUAAUACAUGGUUUAAAUGAUGAAUUGCUUACAGACCUUGAACAGCAAUCUACUGAGAACUCGACUACGAAUACUUCUACUCAUUCUACAUUUGAGGAAAUUGAUGUAAUGGAAAAUAUUGCGAGCGAUCAGAAUUUUCCAGUGUUGAAGAAAGGGGUAAAGCUUCCCAAAAGCGACGCAGAAUGGUCAACGGCUGACAGCUAUUUCAAAUUUGAAUUGCGACUAAAUGCGCCAAUCAGAAUUGAAGAUCUAAGCUCAAGCAUUACGCUAAUGAAUGAUGUUGUCUACAACUAUUUCGCUGAUAACUUCGGUUAUGUUGAGAAGAUGCCGGAUAAAGAGCUAGUGAAUAAGUAUAAAGAUCAAACAGUAAAAGCCUUAAAGAAAUGUCUAAAACAACUAAAGCUAUCGAACGCUGAUCCUCACGAAAUCAAAUAUGUAGCUCGCACAUUGCGUGAUAAGUUGCGUAAUGCUUGUCAAAUCAAUACAACUCAAAACCAAAACAAAACGUUCAAUCACGACAAUUACAUUAGUAGAAAUUUCUGGGGUUACGUUAAGAACGUCCUGAAUAAGAAUACUUGCCUACUUCCAUGCUUUACAAUGUCAGAAUGCCUAAACUAUUUCAAGAAAACUCUAUGUUCAAUUAACCCAAACAAACUGUUUUGUAUUCCAAGCUGGAUUCCGAAGUUAUCCGAUCCUAUCGUAAACUUUGACCUUCAACCCCCAACAUAUCGCCAAGUUACAAACAUUAUUCGCAGAAUGAAAGCUUCUGGAUCGCCUUGUCCUCUAGAUCAACUUUCAAUCAUUUGCUUCAAACGUUGUCCAUUCUUGCGCACUUAUCUAACCGAAGUGAUUCGUAGCGUCUGGUCUUCGAAAUCUGUACCAGCUGAAUGGAAAAAAGCGUGUUCUAUUCUUAUCCACAAAAAAGGCAAUACAAGUGACCCCUCCAAUUUCCGCCCAAUUACUCCAGAAACUAUACAACUAAAAGUGUUUACCUCUUGUCUCCGCAAUGCUAUGUUCUCGUUCCUAACUGCUAAUAACUUUAUUGAACAUCAGAUUCAAAAAGGUUUCACUCCCAAUCUGUCUGGCACUCUGGAACACACUGCUCAAAUGACAAAUAUUAUCAACCAAGCGAGAAUAAAGCAGCGCUCUGUUGUCAUCACCCUUCUCGAUCUCAAGAAUGCUUUUGGUGAAGUGCAUCAUAAUCUAAUUCAAUCUGUCCUCGACUAUCAUCACAUUCCCAAAGACGUUAGUGAAAUAAUAAAGAGCUUGUAUACGGACUUCAAUACUGCAUUUAUAACAUCAGAAUUCUCCACCCCAUUUAUAACUGUCGGUCGUGGAGUCCUUCAAGGAGACUGUCUUAGUCCUCUGAUUUUUAAUAUGUGCAUCAAUACCUUUAUUCAACAUAUAAAAACUGACAAAUACCGGCAAUUUGGUUUCAUUACAAAUCUUUUAAACCCAGUCCAUUGGUUCCAGUUCGCUGAUGAUGCUGCGGUAAUAAGCGGUCAAGAUUCAGAAAAUCAACAUCUUUUAAAUCGAUUCUCGAUCUGGUGCCAGUGGUCUAACAUGAUUGUCAGGGUUGAUAAGUGUUCAACAUUUGGGAUCAGGAAAAGUCUCACAAAAUCUAUCCAAUAUUUACCUAAACUUCUGAUUAACAAUGAAUUGAUACCUGCCACUAAAAUUGGAGAGUCGUUUCGAUGCUUGGGGAAAUAUUUUGACUUCAGUAUGUCCGAAAAAGAACACAAACAAGAGCUAAUCACUCUCAUGGACGACAUUAUGUCUGAAAUUGAUCUCAAACCUUUGCACCCAAGAAUAAACUUUUGCUUUAUAGUCGUUACCUCCUAUCCAAACUUUCCUGGCAUUUCACUGUAA